GGGGCAUGGACUCCUGGUACUUGGGCCCUCGCUGGCUGGUGACCGUGCUCGGGGACCCCCGGGCGGAAUAAGCGGGGCUCACUGGAGGGCUGGGGCCCGGCGGCGGGCGCCUGCACUGCUUUUCCCCCAGACGGAGAAAGGUUCCUCGUGGGAGCUGCAGAUGAGAGUGUUUACCUUGCCCUUCCUCGCAUUUAGGAAGAGCGAGGAGCAGAGUAGGAAGUGGUGCGAACUUACCGACGGGACGGACCCAGCGAGGCAUCGUUCCUGCGGUCCUCCUAGCCCAUCCAGUGAGCAGACACGCAAUUAAGGAAAUGUUAGAACACAGAGCAUAUGAAUUUCGGCAAGACUGGACACCCCUCACCUAGCUUUUCAGGAGCUGAGAUGUUGGCUGGGGAAUAAUGCCGGUCUGCAGGUUCCUAGCUGGAGAGUAACUGCUCCGAAUCCGGACUAGGGGCUGCUGGUGCCUGCAAGGAGGUCCUAAGGCCGUUCACUGCUCCCGCUUUGGCCUUAUUUUGUUCAGUGUUUUUAUUUUAAGGUGCUUUCUGGCAAAAAUAAUUUUAAGUGCAGUGCCUCUCAGUUACUUGGAAGAAGGUGUAGGCUAGACCAUGGAAAAUGUGCAUCAGCUUAAGGCCGGGAACAUAAUCCCCCCAAUCUUUCCCGUCUUCCCAAAUGGCAUCACUAUUCACCUGGGUUUUCAAGCCCUAAAUGUAAGCAUAAUUCUCUUUCUCUUACUCCUCAAGACAAUUCAUAACUAGUCUUGCAGCUUCUGCCUCAAAAUGGUAUUUCCAGCCAGCCCUACCCUCUCCACGUCUGGUGCCCCUGGCUGGCCCCAGCCGGUCUGUCUCCGGGUGGGACUUCUGUGGGAGCCUCUCACUGCUCCCGGGUAGUCUCGUCCUACCGUAAGUCCAUCACCAGCACCCUGGAGGAGCUCUUUAAAGUGUAGAUGAAAUGGCCACACCCUGAUUAAAACUCUUCAAAGGAUUUCUCAUUCCUUAAGCUGUUGACCUACGUGGGUCUAUAGAAGCGCAUCAUGAAGCCUAAGGAUUGUCCAAAGCACUGCGGACAAAGGUCUUCCUAAACCCUAACCAUAUGGGAGAACAGAAGUUUUUCCUCUCUGACUUAAUCUCGCUCUGCAGCAGUUUUCAGAGAUGGAGUUUUAACAUUGAAUGCGGAGAGCACUAAUUAUGCCUAUCAAGUUCCAAACUUCCAUAAGUGUGAAAUCUGUCUGCUAUCUUUUCCAAAAGAGUCCCAGUUUCAACGCCACAUGAGGGAUCACGAGCGAAAUGACAAGCCACAUCGAUGUGACCAGUGCCCCCAAACAUUUAAUGUUGAAUUCAACCUGACACUUCAUAAAUGCACCCACAAUGGGGAAGAUCCUACCUGUCCUGUGUGUAACAAGAAAUUCUCCAGAGUGGCUAGUCUCAAAGCGCAUAUUAUGCUACAUGAAAAGGAAGAGAAUCUCAUCUGCUCUGAGUGUGGGGAUGAGUUCACCCUGCAGAGCCAGUUGGCCAUACACAUGGAGGAGCACCGCCAGGAGCUGGCUGGGGGCCGGCUUCAUGCCUGUAAGGCCUGCAGGAAAGAGUUCGAGACAUCCUCCCAGCUGAAGGAGCACAUGAAGACUCAUUAUAAAAUUAGGGUAUCAAGUACAAGGUCUUAUAACCGGAACAUCGACAGGAGUGGAUUCACAUAUUCAUGCCCGCACUGUGGAAAGACAUUUCAAAAGCCAAGUCAGUUAACUCGGCAUAUUAGGAUACACACAGGUGAAAGGCCAUUUAAAUGUAGUGAGUGUGGGAAAGCUUUUAACCAGAAGGGGGCAUUGCAAACUCACAUGAUUAAGCAUACAGGUGAAAAACCCCAUGCCUGUGCCUUUUGUCCUGCUGCCUUUUCUCAAAAAGGGAAUCUCCAGUCCCACGUGCAGAGAGUUCACUCAGAGGUCAAGAAUGGCCCUACCUAUAAUUGUACAGAAUGUAGUUGUGUAUUUAAAAGUCUAGGUAGCUUGAACACUCAUAUCAGCAAGAUGCACAUGGGCGGACCACAGAAUCCAGCAAGCUCUACAGAGACCGCUCAUGUUUUAACGGCCACGCUGUUUCAGACGUUACCUCUCCAGCCGACGGAAGUCCAUGUCACGUCUGCGUCGAGCCAGCAGAAUUCCCAGGCCGUGACCGAUGUCAUCCAGCAGCUGCUGGAGCUCUCAGAGCCGGGGCCGGCGGAGUCCAGCCAGCCCCCACAGCCUGGCCAGCAGCUCAGCAUCACCGUGGGCAUCAACCAGGACAUUUUGCAGCAAGCCUUAGAAAACAGUGGGCUGUCUUCAAUUCCAGCUGCAGCACACGCUCACGACACCAGCCACACCAGGAUGCCCUCGGCUCAGGUUCAGAAUCCGGAUGCUCCUCACGCUUCGAGUGAGCAGACCCACUCCACAGAGGCAGAGCAGGAGAAAGAACAAGAAAGCCCAGAGAAGUUGGAUAAAAAAGAAAAAAAAAUUAUAAAGAAGAAAUCACCAUUUCUACCUGGUUCAAUCCGCGAGGAGAAUGGCGUUCGGUGGCAUGUGUGUCCCUACUGCACGAAGGAGUUCCGGAAGCCUAGUGACCUGGUGCGCCACAUCCGCAUUCACACCCACGAGAAGCCCUUCAAGUGUCCGCAGUGUUUCCGGGCCUUCGCCGUGAAGAGCACCCUGACCGCUCACAUCAAAACACACUCGGGCAUUAAGGCCUUCAAGUGCCAGUACUGCAUGAAGAGCUUUUCCACCUCGGGGAGCCUCAAAGUGCACAUCCGCUUGCACACAGGGGUCAGACCUUUUGCUUGUCCUCACUGUGACAAAAAGUUUCGAACCUCAGGCCAUAGGAAGACUCACAUUGCUUCUCACUUUAAACACACGGAAUUAAGAAAGAUGAGGCACCAGCGCAAACCGGCAAAGGUUCGAGUCGGCAAGGCCAACGUUCCGGUCCCCGAUAUUCCUUUGCAGGAGCCGAUUCUCAUAACUGACGUAGGUCUUAUCCAGCCCAUUCCAAGAAACCAGUUUUUUCAAAGUUAUUUUAAUAAUAAUUUUGUAAACGAAGCAGAUAGACCGUACAAGUGUUUUUACUGUCAUCGUGCAUAUAAAAAAUCUUGCCACCUUAAACAACACAUCAGAUCACAUACAGGUGAAAAGCCUUUUAAAUGUUCUCAGUGUGGAAGAGGCUUUGUUUCUGCAGGAGUGCUCAAAGCACACGUCCGAACGCACACUGGACUAAAAUCUUUCAAGUGUCUGAUAUGUAACGGAGCUUUCACUACUGGUGGGAGCUUACGGCGACAUAUGGGUAUCCAUAAUGACCUUCGUCCCUAUAUGUGUCCCUAUUGCCAGAAAACAUUUAAGACCUCACUAAAUUGCAAAAAGCACAUGAAAACCCAUAGAUACGAGCUUGCCCAGCAGCUCCAGCAGCAUCAGCAAGCUGCCUCGCUGGACGACAGCGCCGUGGACCAGCAGAGCAUGCACGUCUCAACGCACAUGCAGGUGGAGAUUGAGAGCGAGCAGCUGCAGCCGGCGGCGACGGCGUGCCCUGCGAACCCCGAGGCCAUGCUGGACCUGGAGCCUCAGCAGGUCGUGCGCACGGAGGACGCGGGACUGGGUCAGCAGUUGACGCAUCAGCCUCUGGAAGCAGAUGAAGACAGGUUCGUGGCUCCGCCACCCGCUCUCCAGGGGCACAUGGACCAGUUUGACGAGCAGGCCCCUCCGCAGCCAUCCUUCGAACCGGCUGGCUUAUCGCAGGGCUUUACCGUGACGGAUUCGUACAGCCAACAGCCCACAUUUGCCCCUGUCCAGCAGCUACAAGACUCCAGCACGCUGGAGUCUCAGGCCCUCUCCACCAGCUUCCAUCAGCAGAACUUACUGCAGGUCCCCAGCUCUGAUGCGAUGAACGUCACAACGCGUUUGAUCCAGGAGUCGUCCCAAGAGGAACUGGAGCUGCAGACUCAGCGUCCCCAAUUCCUGGAGGACAGGGAGGACCAGAGCCGGCGCUCCUACAGGUGUGAGUACUGCAGCAAAGGCUUUAAGAAGUCCAGCCACCUGAAGCAGCACGUGAGGUCCCACACCGGGGAGAAGCCCUACAAGUGCAGGCUCUGUGGACGCGGCUUUGUCUCUUCCGGGGUCCUCAAGUCGCACGAGAAGACACACACAGGGGUAAAGGCCUUCAGCUGCAGUGUUUGCAACGCCUCGUUCACGACCAACGGCAGCCUCACGCGGCACAUGGCCACGCACAUGAGCAUGAAGCCCUACAAGUGUCCGUUCUGUGAGCAGGGCUUCCGGACCACAGUGCACUGUAAGAAGCACAUGAAGAGGCACCAGGCCGUCCCCUCUGCUGUGUCCGCCACGGGGGAGGCGGAAGGAGGAGAUGUGUGUAUGGAGGAAGAGGAAGAGAAUUCUGAAAGAAGUGCAUCUCGAAAAGCUCGUCCCGAGGUCAUCACUUUCACAGAGGAGGAGACAGCACAGUUAGCGAAGAUUCGGCCGCAGGAAAGCGCGACCGUCUCCGAGCAGGUCCUGGUGCAGUCGGCGGCCGAGAAGGACCGCAUCAGCGAGAUGAAGGACAGGCAGGCGGAGCUGGAGGCCGAGCCCAAGUACGCUAACUGCUGCUCAUACUGCCCCAAGAGCUUCAAGAAGCCUAGCGACCUGGUGAGGCAUGUUCGGAUCCAUACUGGAGAAAAGCCAUACAAAUGUGACGAGUGCGGGAAGAGCUUUACUGUUAAGUCGACUCUGGACUGCCAUGUGAAGACCCACACAGGUCAGAAGCUCUUCAGCUGUCACGUCUGCAGCAACGCCUUCUCGACGAAGGGAAGCCUGAAGGUGCACAUGCGUCUGCAUACAGGAGCGAAGCCUUUCAAGUGUCCGCACUGCGAGCUGCGCUUCCGCACGUCGGGGCGUAGGAAGACUCACAUGCAGUUCCAUUAUAAGCCCGACCCGAAGAAGGCGCGGAAACCAGUGACGCGAAGCUCCUCGGAGGGGCCGCAGCCUGUGAAUCUGCUCACUCCGGCGUCCACCGACCCCAGUGUGUUCAUCAUGAACAACUCUGUUCUCACGGGACAGUUCGAUCAAAACGUGCUUCAGCAAGGUCUGGUGGGCCAGGCUAUUCUUCCUGCCUCCGUUUCAGCCGGCGGUGAUUGGACAGUGUCCCUGACGGACGGGAGCCUGACCACCUUGGAGGGCAUACAGUUACAGUUGGCCGCUAACCUAGUCGGCCCCAAUGUUCAGAUCUCUGGAAUCGAUGCCUCCAGCAUUAAUAACAUCACGCUGCAGAUUGACCCGAGUAUUUUGCAGCAGACGUUACAGCAGGGCAACUUGCUUACUCAGCAGCUGCCGGGGGAGCCCAGCCUGGCCUCACAGAACACCUCUCUUCAGACCCAGGACAGCACGGUCCCAGCCAGUGUCGUCAUCCAGCCCAUCCCUGGCCUGUCCUUACAGCCCACCGUGACAUCCGCCAGUCUGACCAUCGGCCCGCUGUCUGAGCAGGACCCUGUGAUGACCACCAGCAGCAGUGGGACUCAAGACCUCUCUCAGGUGAUGACAUCUCAAGGCCUGGUGUCCACCUCCAGUGGCCCCCACGAGAUCACCCUGACCAUUAACAACUCAAGUCUGAGCCAGGUCUUGGCACAGGCUGCCGGGCCCACCGCUGCGUCGUCCUCAGGGUCUCCCCAGGAAAUCACCCUGACCAUCUCUGGUCAAGAUCUUAUUCAGCACAAUGCUAAUGGAAGUAGUGAAGUGAACGGAAGCAUAAGGCUAUCAGCUCCUGCUGCCAGUGGUCAGUCUGCAGGUGCCACCCUAACCAUAAGCAGUGACCAGCUGCUCGCCCAGAGCGCGACCCUGAACUCCUCAGAGCUGAAUGCUACCCCUGGAAGCCUUCCUUCGACGACACCCAUGUCUCCAUCAGCCAUGUCUGCUCAGAACCUGGUCAUGUCUUCAUCAGGAGUCGGAGGAGAUGCCAGCGUCACGCUCACUCUGGCCGAUACUCAGGGCCUGCUCUCCGGAGGACUGGACACAGUCACGCUCAACAUUGCUUCUCAGGGUCAGCAGUUCCCAGCCUUACUCGCGGAUCCCUCGCUGUCGGGCCAAGGGGGAGCAGGUUCUCCGCAGGUCAUCCUAGUGAGCCACACCCCCCAGCCCUCCGCCGCGGCGUGUGAGGAAAUCGCCUACCAGGUAGCUGACGUGUCGGCCAGCCUGGCCCAGGGCGGGCCGCCCGAGAAGGAGGGCCGGAUGCACCAGUGCUUGGAGUGUGGCCGCACCUUUGCAUCGGCCGCCAUGCUGCUUCACCACAGCAAGGAGGUGCACGGCCGGGAGCGCAUCCACGUGUGUCCCGUGUGCAGGAAGGCCUUCAAGCGCGCCACGCACCUCAAGGAGCACAUGCAGACGCAUCAAGCUGGCCCUUCAUUAAGCUCCCAGAAGCCAAGAGUGUUUAAAUGUGACACCUGUGAAAAGGCGUUCGCCAAGCCAAGCCAGCUGGAGCGGCACAGCCGCAUCCACACAGGAGAGCGGCCGUUCCGCUGCACUCUGUGUGAGAAGGCCUUCAACCAGAAGAGCGCCCUGCAGGUGCACAUGAAGAAGCACACGGGCGAGAGGCCCUACAAGUGUGACUACUGCAUCAUGGGCUUCACCCAGAAGAGCAACAUGAAGCUCCACAUGAAGCGCGCGCACAGCUACGCCGGCAGCGCGCCGGAGCCCGCGGCCCAGCCGGAGCCCGGCGCCGAGGAGCUGAGCCGCAGCCUGCGCCUGGAGGAGGUGGUGCCCGAGUCGGCGAGCGAGUGGCAGGCCCUGGCCCACGUGUUCUGACGCGGCCGCAGGAGGGGAGAACGGAGCAGCGCGGGGACUCGGCUUCGAGGCGUCAGGUGUUGAAGUGUCAGCACGCUGGCGCUUUUCGCUGCAGACUUGUCUCCAGAACCGUUGUCCUCAGAGACUGACGGGAAACACCCGCGGGCGGGGCGGCCGCGCCGCCGUCCCUUUUGCCCGCAGUCCCCGACCUCAGGCCCUGCUCCAGGCCGGCGGCCGGUGCGUCGGGCGAAGUCGUCAGCGGGGCCUGCCGGUCGCGGAGUGUGGCCUCCUCGUGUUAGAGACAGAGGUCAGCGCGGACGAAGGAGGAGGUUUUCCUUCGUGCUUUCCGUUGUCAGAAGCAUAGCUUGUGAAACAUAAAAUCGGUGCAUGAAGUUCAGAAAAAUGUUAGAACGCACAGGGAAGUGUUUUCCAUUUUCUUUCUCUGUGCAUUUUGAAAUUAGAAAUUGACUCUUUAGUCUACCAUAAGUUACUGGACUACCUGGAGAGAUGGCUGGACCACUCUCUCUGCAUUGCGAUUCUCGAACCGUUAGCUACAAGAAUGCAGCAUCGGGGCAUAACCAGGGGAGGGGGGCCCAAACGAGGACGAAGGCGUCCUCACAGGGUGGGGGGCGGGGCCGCACGGCUUCCCGAGUCCACCUUGGGGUCCGUGGGUUAGACGGUUGCAGAAAGCACAAGGCGUGCGGGGCAAGCCGGUGAGAGCAGAGCUGUGUCCUGGGAGUAAAGGAACCGUGGCCCCGUCCCCCCCCCGCCCAGCCACGAAGCGGCGUGUUCGUAGGUUAGAGGUGACACCCCGAACAAGCCCCGUGUUCCUCUCUUCAUGCAUAGGCAGGUGUGUUAUUUAUUUCAGGGAACUCUUUACUAUCAUCAAUGGUGCCACAUGGAACAUGUCCCAAACCAAAUCCCACCCCGAGCCGGGGCAGAGUAUGCGUUGCUCCUACAGCAUUCCAAAGACGGAAAAUUCUUUACUUCAUGUGAGUUUCUCCUUCAGAAUUAUUUAUAUGUUCUAUAUAUAAAUACAUAUGUACAUAGACAGAUAUAUGGGCCUCUGUGUGGCUGAACAGUAUAUUUUGUAAAUAGAAGCAUUCGUCCCGAUUACAGAGAGAGAGCGCAUCAGAGUUCUGACCUCCCCACGAGCACUUCAGAUCAGUAUUGUAUUCCUUAUCGUAGUAAAUGGGUAUCUUUUUCAUUGUAACCUAAAGGUGGGGUUGUUUUGCUUUUGUUUUUUUCCUGAAAAAUAAUUGCCUUUAUUUUGUCUCAUGGCCUCCCUGGUUUCAGAAGAGAGCAGCUUUAUUAUAAAUAUUGUGUGGACUUUGUAUAUUAAGAGAGGAGCUCAUUUCAGAUUCGUGAAGAAAGAGACAUUUUCACUGUUAUUUUUUCAAAGGGCAUCUUUUGAUUUUUGUUGUUCACUUUUUGGCGUAUGUACAUAAGUAAUAUUGAUGAUGAUAUAAAAACUUUUGUUAUGUGAAAAUAUUUAAGUCAGAAAACUGUUAAAUAAUAUUACUUUUUUUUUCAAACUGCUUUGUGUAUUGUAUAUUUUUUUAAGGAAAAAAAAAAAGCCUUAUUUGACGUAUUCUUGUGAUACUGGACUUAUAUAUCCUGAGGUUUUCCUUGAAUGUCAGUGUGUAGCUGGCUGUAGUCCAUAUAUUCCGAAUAAUUGUAAUUGUGCCAGAGUUUUAAAGAUUCUGCUUUUAAUGCACUUUUCUUUUAUAAUUUUGUAUUAAAAUAUUUUAGAGAUGUUGAUCAAUUUUGGUGAACAGAUAUCUCCAAAGUUGAAAUUAUUGGAAUUUAGAAAAUUUUGUUCUUGCUAGGUUAUUUAUUUUGGUUGUAGCAUUAAAUGUCAUCUCUCAGGACAAGUCUCUAAAAGGGGUUUAUUUAAUUUCUAACUGUACAGAAAGCAUAGUUCAGUGAACUGUGUUGGUGAACCGCCUGUUUAUGUAAGGCCUUACCAGGUGAAUCUAAAGCCUACUUUUAUUUUCGUCAAAGAAAAAGAAAAAAAGAUCUCUCAGUGAUUCAUUUGUGAGUUUUCUCAAUUUAUUAACUAUUAGCAGGCAAACACAAGACAUUAAUAUGUUAUUUUUAUUUACUUCCUAAUUAUAAAAGCUGCUUCUUUGCAAAACAUUCCUUGAAAAUAUGAGGUUUUGUAAAGACAUAAUUUCACUUGAACCUUUGGUGGAGUACAGGUUGAUCUUUAUAUUUUACUGGUUGAUAAAUGUCUUCUGACGAGAUUUCUAGCCUCCUGCAUAACCAGGGUUUUGAGAAUAGAUAACUGUAUUUUUAGAAAUAUCUCAUCAUAGCAUAUCUGCUUUGGAAUAACAAUAAAUAAAAAAUGAAGUUAG